CAUUCUUCAACUUCUGGUCGGGAUAGUGACGAAAGGAAGCAUUUUCGGCGAGACCGAGCGCCUGAUGGAUCAUACGACUCGGUGCAUAGCACACCGCAGCCCCGACAUUUCAAAUCAUCCUAUGCUGGCAAGGACGAGCGUCCCAAACUCUCUGCUGCGGAUGCCCGCAUCAUCACUGCAUGGAGAGCGUAUCAGCUCAGCUGGACAACGACAAUGGCCGGAGAGUCUACUUACUUGACAUAUUCAAGUAUUCCAUGGCCGGUGGCUUCAGAACCGCUUGCCCCAUCGUCCCUCACCCCUUCGCGAAUAUCCGAAUUCCUGCUUUCCACCACGCAUUCGACGCUAAAAUCACCUAUGGAUAGGUUACGGGACGCCAUGAAACUUUGGCAUCCAGAUAAAUGGGAGGGAAAGCAUAUGAGCCGCGUAGUUGACACGGACAAAGAGACGGUUCGAGAGGCGCUGGGAAUGGUGGCUCGGGGGUUGAUUGAGCUGAUGCAUGCCCAAAAGCUCGGUCGACAGUAAGAGUUGGUUUAUGGAGUUAUCAU